AGUGUUUUUUCGGACAGGUUCGAGAAAUGUGAAACGGGAAACAAUUGAAUUAUGAGCGGGUUAGUGUUCGUGUUUUUAAUUUCGAUUGCCUCCUGCUGGUGCUUUACCGUUCCGACGUGUGUUUGUGACAGAAGGGAGUGCGAGAUUAUAGACGAAUUUGAUUGUCCCGGGCUGGGAGUCGUAGUCUGGGAUCCUUGCAAGUGUUGUGAAGAAUGUGCACGUACCGAGGGCGAACCUUGCGGCGGCGAUCAGGGUUUUAGUGGAACGUGCGAGCCCGGAUUGUCCUGUCAACAGCCGGGUCCCUCGCCGAGCGAGGGUAUCUGCAAGCCCAUAAUCUUGGAUAAUCUGCUGGAAACGUGAACCGGGGGACCAAGAGAU